AUGUCGUAUAUUCCCAACAGCGCCCGCCUCCCGCCGCUUCCGAUUGGUCCACACGCGCGUCCGUUACCUUCUCAUCCGCUUCGCCCCGCCCCCUUAAGAGCACCCAGGGGGGCCCGACAAGGAGGCCUGACCCGGAGGCCCGACAAGGAGGCCCGACAAGGAGGCCCGACCCGGAGGCCCGACCCGGAGGCCCGACCCGGAGGCCCGACACGGAGGACCGACACGGAGGCCCGACACGGAGGCCUCGCAGAGACCCGGAUGGAGGCGUCUGUGCACACGGACGAGUCAUCAGGCAUCGGUGAGGAACGCUGGAGGCAUCGAGGAGGAACGCCGGAGGCAUCGGGAGCAGCUCGGAAUGUUGGCAUCGAGGAGGGGAACGCUCGGAGGCAUCGAGGAGGGGAACGCUCGGAGGCAUCGAGGAGGGGAACGCUCGGAGGCAUCGAGGAGGGAACGCCGGAGGCAUCGGGAGGGAACGCCGGAGGCAUCGGGAGGGAACGCUCGGAGGCAUCGGGAGGGAACGCCGGAGGCAUCGGGAGGGAACGCCGGAGGCAUCGAGGAGGGAACGCCGGAGGCAUCGGGAGGGGAACGCCGAGGGAUCGGGAGGAACGCCGAGGAUCGGGAGGGAACGCCGGAGGGAUCGAGGAGGGAACGCCGGAGGGAUCGAGGAGGGAACGCUCGGAGGGAUCGAGGAGGGAACGCCGGAGGAUCGAGGAGGGAACGCCGAGGAUCGAGGAGGGAACGCCGGAGGGAAUCGAGGAGGGGAACGCCGGAGGAUCGAGGAGGGAACGCUCGGAGGAUCGAGGAGGAACGCUCGGAGGGAUCGGGGAGGGGAACGCUCGGAGGGAUCGAGGAGGGGAACGCUCGGAGGGAUCGAGGAGGGGAACGCUCGGAGGGAUCGAGGAGGGGAACGCUCGGAGGGAUCGGGAGGAACGCCGGAGGAUCGAGGAGGGAACGCUCGGAGGAUCGAGGAGGGAACGCCGGAGGAUCGAGGAGGGAACGCCGGAGGCAUCGAGGAGGGAACGCCGGAGGCAUCGAGGAGGGAACGCCGGAGGGAUCGAGGAGGGGAACGCUCGGAGGAUCGGGAGGGAACGCCGGAGGGAUCGGGAGGGAACGCUCGGAGGGAGGGAUCGGGAGGGAACGCCGGAGGGAUCGGGAGGGAACGCCGGAGGGAUCGAGGAGGGAACGCCGGAGGGAUCGGGAGGGAACGCCGGAGGGAUCGAGGAGGGAACGCCGAGGGAUCGAGGAGGGAACGCCGAGGGAGCGAGGAGGGGAACGCUCGGAGGCAUCGAGGAGGGGAACGCGCGGAGGCAUCGAGGAGGGGAACGCCGGAGGAUCGGGAGGGAACGCCGGAGGGAUCGAGGAGGGAACGCCGAGGGAUCGAGGAGGGAACGCUCGGAGGGAUCGGGAGGGAACGCCGGAGGAUCGAGGAGGGGAACGCCGGAGGAUCGGGAGGGGAACGCCGAGGGAUCGAGGGAACGCCGGAGGCAUCGAGGAGGGAACGCCGGAGGCAUCGGGAGGAACGCCGAGGGAUCGGAGGGGAACGCUCGGAGGGAUCGAGGAGGGGAACGCUCGGAGGCAUCGAGGAGGGGAACGCUCGGAGGCAUCGGGGAGGGGAACGCUCGGAGGGAUCGGGGAGGGGAACGCUCGGAGGCAUCGGGGAGGGGAACGCUCGGAGGGAACGGGGAGGGGAACGCUCGGAGGGAUCGGGGAGGGGAACGCUCGGAGGGAUCGGGGAACGCUCGGAGGCAUCGAGGAGGGGAACGCUCGGAGGGAUCGGGGAGGGGAACGCUCGGAGGGAUCGGGGAGGGGAACGCUCGGAGGGAUCGAGGAGGGGAACGCUCGGAGGGAUCGGGGAGGGGAACGCUCGGAGGACAUGCAGCAGAAUGA